UUUAAAUAAUACCAUAAACCGCCCUUUUACAAAUUAUUUUCAUUCAUGUAGCAUUUAGAUUUCAAAAUACUGUUUAAGCUUUUAUCGGAAACUUCUUUCACUGUUCUUUUUUAAAUUUCAAAAAAAACAUGGGCUUGCUUAACCUAGAAGAACAACUUGUGUUUUAUGCACAAUAUCAUAGGCAUAAGGUUAAUGUUUUGAUUCAUAUUGUUUGUGUUCCUCUCAUUUUUUGGAGUGCUUUAGUAUGGGCUGCAAACACGGGACCAUUACUUUCUUAUGAAGAAGAUUCUUUAUGGAGACUUACCCCAUUUGUACCAAACCUAUCACUAUUUUCAGUACUCUUUUAUAUUAGUUAUUACAUAUUAUUAGAACCUGUAGCUGGGGCACUUUAUGCUCCAAUACUUUUGUAUAUGGCAUAUAAUGCCACUAAUUUUGCCACAGAUUAUUCUGAUCAUAACACUCUUGCUGGAAUCGUUCAAGUUUCUUCAUGGAUUAUGCAAUUUAUUGGUCAUGGAUUUGCUGAAAAGAGAAGUCCAGCUUUGAAAGAUAAUUUAUCUCAAGCUAUUCUUCUUGCGCCAUUAUUUAUUUGGUUGGAAAUAUUAUUCAGUAUUGGAUAUCGUUCUGGUCUUCAGAAAAGGGUAGAUAAGAGUGUUCAAUUAGCUAUUGAUGAGUGGAAAAGAGAGAAAGAAUCAAAGAAAAAGCAAGGACAAAAAGCAGAAUAAAUUUCUUUUACUAAAAAAUUUUUUUUUGUGAGCUUUUUUCCAUUUUCUUAUUACUUUAGAAAUUUAUGUAUACACACACCAACAUAUAUAUAUAAUUGCUUUGAAUACACACUAUGUUAUUAAUUAUUAUCAUGUAACUUGUUUUAUUAUAUAUGUAUAUAAAUAUAUAUACAUACUUUAAAAUAAAACAAAAAAAAAAAAGUUUUACAACCCUUUAAUUGGUGGAAUUUUAUUAUUCGAUCUAUUUGCAAUUUUUUUUUUUUUU